CUUCAGUGGAUGACAGAAACGAGUCUCUUCCGUUUAAACGCGCUCUUCUUCUUUUAUCGGAGUCUGGUGAAAUAACGGCCGCCUCUUCUUAAAGGGACAGUAGAUGAUUUCCUGAGGAGCUCGGGCUGGAGCGUCAGAGAUGGGCAGCGACUCGCAGCGCAGCCGGGGAGCCGCUCUGGAGUCCGCAGACUCUUCGGUCGGCGUUCACAGCUUUCUUCACGGAGGGACGUCGAGCCUCCUGACCACGGCCAUCACCUUCCCUCUGUACAAGACCGUCUUCCGGCAGCAGCUGCACAGCGUGGCGGUGCGCGAGGCCGUGGCUCAGCUGCUGAGGGAGGGUCCGCUCAAGCUGUACCGCGGCGUGUUACCGCCCUUACUGAAGCAAUCCCUGAACGGGACGCUCCUGUUCGGCCUCCAGGACACCUUCCAGCAGAGGCUGCGUCUCUGGGGCCCCGCUCCCGGCCCCGCUCUGCCGGCUCUGGCAGGGUUCGGUGCGGGUGCGCUGGAGGCCGUGCUCUUCACCCCCUUCGAGCGUGUCCAGAACGUCCUGCAGAACGCCAGCAAUGACUCCAGCCUGCCUACACUAAGAAGCGUGCUGCGCGAGCUAGCCUCGAGGCCGUUAGCGUCGGGAUACUACACCGCCUUCCUGCCCGUGCUGGCGCGCAAUGCCUUGGGGAGCAGCCUGUACUUUGGGCUGAAGGAGCCCGUGUCUGAGACCCUCAGGGCCGGGGGUUGCUCUCCGGUAGCGUGCUCCUUCCUUACCGGUGUGCUGAACUCGCUGGUCAUCAGUCUGCCGCUCUACCCGCUCUCCGUGCUGGUGGCUAACAUGCAGGCUCGGGUGGAUGGAGGAGGCGGAGGGCUGAGAGGCAGCUGGCAGCAGCUUUGGGAUGCCCGUCAGCGCAGGCUGGCUCUUCUGUACCGCGGAGGGGCGCUGGUCAUCUUCCGCUCCUGCAUCACCUGGGGAAUCACCACUGCCAUAUACGACCAGCUGAAGAGGCACUCCAGAUGAUCCCCACAGCCUCCAGGACGCCUCGGGUGAACGCUCCACGCUGCUCCACGGAUCUCCGUUUGGCAGCGAUGUCUUUUACUGCAUCGCCAAUCUGCUGAUGUGUGCACUGGUGCAAUAGUUACGCAAGAUGUAUACUGUAUAACCGAAGUUAAGGAAGUUCUAUUAAAAUGCGAAACAAAGCAUUAUGCAAUUAAGAGAAAACUCCUGUUUUGGUUCUUCUCAAAUACUUUUUGUCUAGGGUUUUGAGCCGUUUGUAUUGUUUUUAAUGCGAAACAAUGACGCAUUUCACUCGAAAUAAGUGUGUGUUUUUUAAAUCAGAUUUGGUCUCUACAUCACAGUCUCAACAACGGAUGCUGUACAGUGAAUGGGUGCCGUCAGAAUGAGAGUCCAAACAGCUGAUAUAAACAUCACAAUACCACACCAGUCCAUCAGUUAACAUCUGGAGAAGAUAAAAGCUCAAACAAGUGCAGCAUGAAUAGUCCAUAAUCCUUAAUGCUCCCAAAAAUCAAAAUCCACCCACACAUUUGUUCAGACUGUUUCGGUCGAACCAGACCACUUUAAGAAUAAUAAUAUGAAUAUUAUGAAUAAAAGCCGCAAGCAAUUGUCUGGAGUUAAAAACAUUUUGACAAUUUUUUUUUUUUUAACUCAUUGGAUUAGAUCAUUGAGAUGUUUUUUUUAUCAGCUGUUUGGUCUCUCAUUCCGACGGCACCCAUCCACUGCUGAGACACUGAGACGCAAUCUGACAAAGAAACAAACUCAUCUUAACAUUUAUUACCUGAAGGUGAGUACAUUUUCAGCAAAUGUUUAA